UUCCAGAAACAGCAAAACUGGCUAAUCACUCUACUUUACCAAAGCCAGCUCAACUCUCAAUCUCCGCUCACUGAAUGCUUCACUUUCUCAGCUCAAAAAAAAAUGGCAAAACCUCGCACUCUUUUCCUGCUCUUAUUCACUUUCUACUACCACUUCAGCUCCAGCUCCGCCGCCUACACAGUUGGUGUUAACUACGGGACCGUAGCAAACAACCUUCCUUCACCAUCCCAAGUAGCUAGCUUCCUUAAAACUCAAACCACCAUAGACCGGGUCAAGAUCUUUGACACCAACCCGGACAUUCUCCGCGCCUUUGCCAACACUGGAAUCUCAGUAACUGUCACCGUCGGAAACGGCGACAUCCCAUCUCUUGCCAAGCUCCCUGCUGCCCAAUCUUGGAUCGCCGCUAACAUCUUACCAUUCCAUCCUCAAACAUCCAUCAAAUACAUUGCAGUAGGAAACGAGGUCCUUGCCACUUCCGACAAAGUUCUAAUAGCACACACUUUGCCUGCUAUGAAAGCCCUGACAUCAGCACUUGAACUUGCUAAUAUCACUACUAUUCACGUCGCGACUCCUCAUUCUUUAGGUAUAUUAUCCUCAUCUGAACCUCCCAGUACGGGCCGGUUUCGGAAAGGGUACGAUCAAAGAAUUUUUGCUCCGUUCCUCGAUUAUCACCGCAAGACAAAGUCUCCUUUCAUGGUUAAUCCAUACCCCUAUUUUGGAUUCAAGGCAGAGACUUUAAACUACGCGUUGUUUAAGCCAAACAGCGGAGUUUUCGACCCGGCGACGGGAAACAAUUACACCAACAUGUUCGAUGCUCAGCUUGAUGCGGUUUAUUCGGCGAUGAAGAGGUUGGGUUAUGGUGAUGUUGACAUUGUGGUGGCGGAAACGGGUUGGCCGUCCGUGGGUGACCCGAAUCAACCUGGUGUAAGCAUGGAGAACGCGAUCUCGUACAACAAGAACCUCGUGAAGCACGUGAAUUCAGGAAAAGGAACGCCUCUGAUGCCUAAUAGAACUUUCGAGACUUACGUUUUCUCUUUGUUUAACGAGAAUCUUAAACCCUCGGUUUCAGAGAGGAAUUUCGGGUUGUUCAAGCCGGAUCUUACCCCGGUUUAUGAUGUCGGAAUUUUACGCAAUGACAAGGCACUGGCUCCGACACCCGGUACGGCAGCGGAUGCCCCAUCAUCGUCUAGUCCCGGGAGGCAGAGGCAGUGGUGCGUGCCAAAAUCAGACGCUGGUGAUGACGCAUUACAGAAGAACAUCGAUUACGUGUGUAGCAAUGGAGUUGAUUGCAAGCCCAUACAACAAGGUGGGCCUUGCUUUGUCCCUGAUACUGUGAAGUCACAUGCAUCAUAUGCAAUGAAUGCCUUCUAUCAGGCCUCUGGUCGUCAUGACUACGACUGUGAUUUCAACCACACUGGAGUGCUCACCUCCAUUGACCCUAGUUACGAGGCGUGUGAUUAUCCGUUCGAUGGGCUAAAGUGGCAGCAAAAGUCGGUCGCGGGAAUCUCGAGGAGACUGUACUGCACCGUUGAAGAGAUUCUUAUGGUGGCUUCUGGCUUGAUCUUUGUCCACUUUUUUCUUUUUUAGGAUGGAGGAGCCGCUUAUUUCUUGCCUUGUAGUGGGCUUAAAUGGUGGCGGGGCAGUUGGCCUUUCAUUUCUUUUUGGGCUUUAAUUGGAUGGGUGGGUUCACUAUUGUUUGAUCCGGUAUGGCGAGACGAUAUAUCUUUGUGCCCGAGUUAAACCAAAACAAAAGAGAUCGGUUUAAAUA